GAACUGCAGACAGAGAGGGAGGGGGUUGCAAAAGCGGUGCGCAGUUACGGUAGUAGCUAAAGACUGUUUUCACUCAAUUUCCAAGUCCACAAGAUUGUGAGACUAGUAAACAGUGGAACUCAAUCUAAAUCCAAGGUCCGUGUGGACGUUUCUCUCCGAGCUCUUCAAAGAACAGAGGCCCACUGUGGAGGACUCAAACUCAACAACUUCUCUUCCCAGCAGCUGUAAGGAUGAAGAGGAGGAACCCCAGUAGUGUGAAGAGGUUGUAGAACAAAACAAAAGAACAGAAGAAUAAACGGCAUCCUCUUUGGCUCUUCUUUGGCACUUCUGUCUGCACUGGCGCUCACUAUGAGUUAGACCACGUCAUAGCCCAUUGCCACAGCUGCUGUUUGGAGACAGCAGCAACCACAACUGGAGACAGCACCCUGCUUCAUGAACCAGCGGGAUGCAGCGGAGGUCCUCGCACUCUCCGAGCGCCUCCUCGUAGCUUCACACAAAGGACAAGUUGACAGUGUGGUCCAGCUUAUCAACAAAGGCGCAAAAGUAGCUGUUACCAAGUAUGGCAGAAGUCCCUUACACUUGGCUGCCUACAAAGGCCAUAUUGAGGUUGUUCGUGUCCUGCUCAAAGCUGGCUGCAACCUGGACAUCCAAGACGAUGGGGAACAGACAGCGUUGCAUAGAGCAGCAGUGGUGGGAAACAGUGACAUUAUCAAUGCUCUGAUCCAGGAAAGCUGCGCACUGGACAGACAGGACAAGGAUGGCAAUACUGCUCUGCAUGAGGUGUCCUGGCAUGGCUUCACUCAAUCUGUGAAAUUGCUGGUGAAAGCUGGAGCCAAUGUUUAUACCAAAAACAAGGCAGGAAAUACACCUCUCCACCUUGCAUGUCAGAAUGGUCAUGCUCAGAGUGCCAAGGUUCUGUUAUUGGGCGGAUCCAGGCCUGACAGCAAAAACCAUGCAGGUGAUACUUGCCUACAUGUGGCGGCCCGCUACAAUCAUCUGGCUGUGAUUCGUAUCUUGCUGGGAGCAUAUUGCUCUGUGUCAGAGAAGAAUUUGGCUGGAGACACUCCGCUACAUGUGGCAGCUAUACUGAAUCAUAAGAAGGCGAUACGCCUGCUGCUGGAGGCUGGAGCAGACAGUCGCAUCAGCAACAAUGCAGGUCUAACAGCUUUGGACCAGGCCAGAGAACACAACAACCCAGAAGUAGCUCUUCUCCUGACCAAAGCACCCCAGGUGCAAAGUUUUGUGCGUGGCAGGAAAGCAAGGAAGAGGAGAGAUGAGCUUAAGGCAGAAGGUCGGGCUCAGUCAGUGCCUAGAAAUGCGAUGCUACCCUGUAAGGGUAGUGCAUCUGCUGCAGGCGACAGCCAGAGCAGUGACCAGGCUGCCUGCAAACACACUAAGGUAACUGAGUCUAACGCCAGGAGAGGAAAGAACAGGAAGCGGAAAAAAAAGCCGUCUUUGUCUGACCCUCUGCACUGCAGAGAGACCAGGCACUGUGGAACCAUUCAUAAGAAGAAAGGUAAACUGCGUGGAACCGCCCCUUAUGUUUCCAUCCCUCCACACAACUUCAAAGCCUAUCAGCUAUACACGCUGUACCGAGCAAAAGAUGGCAAGAUCAUGCAGGCUCCUCUGAAUGGCUGCCGCUGUGAACCUCUCAUAGAUAAACUGGAAAACCAGCUGGAAGCUACCAAGGAGGAAAUGAAGACUGAGAUCCACAUCAUUCAAGACCAACUGAACAGCAAGAUGGGCCAGCUCGACCGCAAGAACAAACACCAGAUCUGGGCUCUUGACAAGAUGACAGUGGAGAGAGCGUCAGCAGAGAGAAGCAGCUGUUUGAAGAGGAUCGAGCAACGGGCCCUGCAGGAACGACAUGAAGCAGAGAAGAGACAGCAGGCAGCUCUGGCCAGUGAACUGAAGAGCUGGUGUCUGUCCAAACUGCAGAACAUGGAGGGUCGUGUCACAGGAGAGCCCAGCAGCACCAAGUUACAGCACUCCUCUACUGUGGUCGAAGCUAAUGUAGCAGCCUUCGCUGUGGUGCCCACUGCACAAGGGGGCAGCUCCCAGUGCCUUGAGCACCACAGUGACCCUCCACUCCUGGAGUUCAGCCGGGAAGAGUCUGGUGUGGCAGAGGGUGGCACAGCCAGUCACUACUUUGUUGUUCAUGUGGAGAGCUCUCCAGAUAAGGAUCAGAAUACCAAGGAUGACUCUCCCGCAGCAGCCAAGAACCCCCCAUCACCUGUUCAGGUGGUUCGGCCAAAAGAGCGCUCUGUGACCUCUGCUGACACCAAGAGGAAGAACCAGGAGCUGAAUGAUGUGGACAUAAUGAGGAGUGGGGCCAGGAGCCAAAGAUCCAGCAGCUUCUCUCCAGCCACGGAGCGGCGCUGCAGCAGCAGAAAUGACAUCAGAGAGAAGGAAAGACACUGUGAUACAGGGAAGCACCAGAACAAAUAUUUUCAGGGUAGGACUAAAUUGAGAGGGGACAUAAAGGUCAGGCCUCUAGAGGUCUUUGGAGACCAGCCUACGUUUACUCAGGAGAGGGACAACAUGCAUGCCACUGAGGUGACCCAGUAUUUCUUUGAGACGGUCUCGACUCAGAUGGAGCGCUGGUAUGAGAGGAAGGUGCAGGAGGCUCAAUGGCAGGCAGAUCAGAAGGCUCAGACAGAGAAAGAUGCUCUGAUUAAGAGGAUUGCCUACCUGGAGGAUGAGCUACGUAUGCUGAGAAUGCAUCGGGGUGAGGACUGUUAAGACAACAAUCCAUUUGCUGCAGAAAAACACUGCUGAGAUCUGUCCAGCAUUGACCAAACAUCAUAUAAAUGUGAUUCCUCUUGAGGACCAGUAUACAAAACUGCAGAACCAGUCUUAGAGCAAAGUGCUCCAUUGGGGUGGUGUGGUAGUAUGAAGUUUUUAAGAUAAGAUGCAGCCUGAUUAUAAAAGACUUUGUGAGGAAAAGGAUUUUAAAUUUGAUUCUGGAUUUGCCAAUGAAGCCAAUGAAGAAAAGCCAAUACAGAAGAAAUAUGCUCUCUCCUUCUAGUUCCUGUCUGAAGGUUUUUCGGACACCCUGAUAAUAAUGAAUUAAAGUAGUCCAGCCUAAAUGAAAUAAAUGCAUGAACUAGUUUUUCAGCUUUACUAUGAGACAGGAUGUUUCUAAUUUUGGAGAUAUUGUGUAAAUAGAAGAAAGCAGUCCUACAUAUAUGUUUAAUUGUGGUGGAGGUGUGGUCCCUGGCUCAGCUGCAGGGGAGGGGUGGCGCAGUGAGUUCAAGGGGCAGGGCCAGGCAGGUGAGUGGACAGGUAGUCGUGUGGCACUGAUGAGCUCUCUACUGUUUUCAGUGGUGCUGGAGUGGAGAGGAGGAAAGGCUUUAGAAGGUGUGUGAAACGCCAGGAUGUGUGUUCAUGGUUAUAUUCACAAGUAUCCCAUUGUGCCACUGAUAUUAAAAUACAAGGACAAAACACAUAGGAUUUUGCUCAUGCCUGUCGCACCCCCUAAUUCUGGGUAUGAAUUGGCCAGUCUAAUAAACUGUUGGGGCAGUAUGCAGGGAUGCGAUCAUGACCAUUAGUAGCCUCACUAGAAGGUCCCGCCGGCUCGGGAGGUUCACUUUAUGGGAGAUAUUCCACUGGAGCAGUCUCGUGAUAACACCCUAGGCUCAGCCUUCCGCCAAGUGAUAGAAAUUGAUUGUCACGUGGUGCGCCCUGAAGCCGUGCAGACCUCCCGGCUAUGUGUUAUUAAAAGAUUUAUCGAGUGAGUCAUGACACUCACGAUAGGAGGAAAGGCUUUAGAAGGUGUGCGCAUCGCCGGGAGAGACCUGCAGUGAGAAGUGUGUGUGCCAAACCUUAAAAGUACACUACUGUGUCGAGAAAUAAAAAGAAACAUUUCGUACACUGUGUGUCUUGGUCUGGUCCUUCUACAUUAAUGUACGCAUUGAAGGACAUAUCCUGUUCAAAAAGUAUUCCUCAAAGUGUUACUGGAGGCCAAGGUAGUGUCAUCUGGUUAGAUACCAUAUUUUAAAGAUUUUUUUAAUAACCUCAGUUUUCUCUGAAUUUAGAAACAGAAAAUUCGAGGUCAUCCAGGUCGUUUUGUCUGUAAGACAUUCUUGCAGUUUAACUAAUAAGUGUGUGUGUUAUCUGGCUUCAUCGGUAUAUAAAGUUGGGUAUCAUCUGCAUAACAGUAAAAAUGUAUGCUUUGCUUUCUAAUUAUACUGCCUAAUGGAACCCCGUAGAACUCCAUAACUAACGAGUGCAGUACCUUUAAUACCUACAGCAUGCUCUAAUCACUGUAAUAAAAUAUUAUGGUCAACAGUAUUGUGUAAGAUAAAGGUAUGUAAAUUUCUCUUACUUUACUCACAUUUCACAGAAUGUAUUUUUAGUAAUAAGUCUGAUUUGAAUUAUUGUGGAUAUGGGUAAGUGUAAGAUAAUGGGAAAUUUAAUUUUUACUUUACAAUCCUGUUUUAGUGUAAUAUUUAUUGUCAAAUAGUAUUUUCUUGCUUAUUUCAUUUUUAUGUUCUGUUCCUUUAAUACACUGUAAUUGCACACGGGGAGCAGUCAGGCUUCUGCACUGUGCAUA